ACACAGCACAACUCAAAAGCUUCUUCAACCUCUCUAUCUCAGCGCCUUCCGCAACACACACGCCCUAAACAAAACCGCCACCCUCUCUCUUUCUCUCUAUCACACACACACACACACACAUACUUAGAGGUGGACUUCAACUUUUCAGGAUUAUGGGCUCAUCAAAUAUCAGAGAUCUGUUGACUUCAUUUAGUCCAUCUUUGGAUUUCUUUGCUAUAAGCUCUGGAGAUGGUCGAAUUAAGAUUUGGGACACUUUGAAGGGACAGAUCCAGACUGAAUUUGCGGAUAUCACAUCAACUGACGAGGCAAAUAUAUUUACCAUAGGGCAGAAAAGAGGGCACCUCUCAGUUGAUUAUACAUGCAUGAAGUGGUUAUCUUUGGACAAAAAGAGAAAAAGGAAGCUUGGGUGCUCAUUGUUAGUCUUAGGAACAGGUAGCGGUGAUGUUUUAGCACUCGACGUCUCUGCUGGUCAAUUGAAAUGGAGGGUUAGUGACUGCCAUCCUGGGGGUGUCAGUUCCAUUUCAUCCUCUACACAUGUUUCAUGUGUUUACACAGCGGGUGCUGAUGGUAUGAUAUGCGAAAUUGAUUCUCUGUCAGGAAACUUGUUGCAGAAGUUCAAAGCUUCUACGAAGGCAAUAUCUUGUAUUUCUGUUUCGUCAGAUGGGAAGAUAUUAGCAACUGCAGCUGCACAGUUGAAGAUUUUUGGCUGUUCUGAUCACAAAAAGAUACAGAAGUUUUCUGGGCAUCCUGGAGCUGUUCGAUGUAUGAUUUUUACUGAAGAUGGGAAGUACAUCCUCUCCUCUGCUGUUGGUGAAAGAUAUAUAGCACUAUGGAGGAUAGGUGGUGGCAAAAAGCAGUCAGCAAGCUGUGUUCUUGCAAUGGAGCACCCUGCUGUCUUCCUCGAUUGUAGGUGCAUUGAAAGUGGGGAAGUAGAUGAUGCAGGUCUAUAUGUUUUGGCUAUUUCAGAAAUUGGUGUUUGUUAUCUCUGGUUUGCUCAGAAUAUUGAGGAAUUACGCAAUACCAAGCCCACAAAAGUCUCAUUAGCUUUUGAGGACGUUCCCUCCAUAAAGCACAAGGGUGCUUUACCUACUAUAUUUGCUGCGAAAUUACAAGGCAUUACCAAGCAUAUGUCUGGGCAGGUGUUUGUUGCAUCUGGGUUAUUAGUUAAGCCAUCAUUUCAGAAAAUUUUAGUGCAUUCUGGCACAGAUGUGAAGUUAAAUAUCUCCUAUGAUGGCGUUCUUCUACCAAUGAGUCAAUCUCGUGUCAAAUCUAAGAAAGGACUGGAUUUACAAUAUGGAGUUACUGCAUUAGACCGUGCAAAUGCGGAGGAUGCCUUACUUCCAAUUCCCAAGAUUCUUGAUUCUCAUGAAAAAAAGAGAACGCAUAAAAAAUUGAGUAUUGAUGUUGAUGAGGUAAUGGCUGAUUUGGGUGACAACAAGAGUCACGCUGAGUUGAGUAAUGAUGACAUGGCAGAAGUUGACACUGAAGCACUUUGCAUGGAGGACCGGCUGAGAUCACUGGGGCUACUGAGCAAUGCAGAUGAUCUUGCAUCAGACUUCACAAAUAAUUCAGCAACAUUCAAGGGUAUUGAUCUUGAAGCUGAUAUGCCACAAAGGAAGAUAAGGGAAGCUGUUUUAUCUAUGGUAUCUAGUGAUGCAUACAUGCUCUUGCAAGUCCUGGUGGCCAAGUGGCAAUCGAGGACAUGCAGUGGAAAGUAUGUUCUACCAUGGAUAUAUCAUAUUUUGGUGAAUCAUGGUCAUCAUGUCAUGUCUCAGGAGCCUGCUUCCCAGAUGCUUAACUCCUUAUGCAAGAUUACCAAAUGCAGAGGUGCUGCAAUCCAAUCUGUAUUGCAAUUAUCUGGUCGUUUGCAACUUGUGAUGGCACAGAUUGACAAGGCUUCACAAAAAAAAAUUCAAAUUUUGGCACAUGAUAACGAAAUUGAUGAAAGUGAAGAUGAGGAUGAAGAUGUCAAUGAAAUUCUCUUUGGAGAAGAAGAUGAUGAAUCUGAAUUAAGCAGUGAUGAAAAUAACUAGGUGCAAUCUACCAUAAGAGGAUGACCAAAAUCUAUGAUGAGAAACUUUUUCAUCCUGUGGGAUCUGCCUUUCUAGCAGUUUCAAGAGAAUCAAAACAGAAGGCUUAGCAUGGUGUACUUCAAUUUGCACUGGGCUGUUUACUGAUGGUGCUGCAAUAUAAAUCUGGUACCUACGACUUCAACCUUUCUUUGGUCAGUGCAGUGUCUUAUACUGUCUUUUGCCUACAAUUUUGUUGCAAUCCAGCUUUCCUCCUCUCUCAUGGGAACCAAAUUAGGUUUUGUUCAGACAUGUCAAUUAAUUCUUCCUCUUCUUUAUUAUUUUUUGCCUGUAAUUUGGCACGGUUUUGUAAGCAUAUAUUUAUUAUAGUUUAUGAAGGGCUAAGCAAUUUUGUAAAGAACAUGUGCUUCUUAUGCUUUACCCCUAUAUUCUGUGGCUGCCUUUUUUCUCUUUUAAUGUAUUAAGUGCAUCUAUGAAAGCCAAUAGAUUAGGAUUGCAGUAUGGGAACUUCUUGAAGAGUUAAAGAUCAGCAUUAGAUGUGUCAGAUUUUGACACUUCACAUUA